AUGGCAAGUGCAGUUAAUUUCCAUUUAGCCGAGAAUUCUGCUUCCAACAUCAUUCGUCGUGGAGCUCUUCAAUUCACAAAAAAGAACAAGACUAUUCAGACUCCCGCAUGUUUGACAUAUUCACUCCGUGGAUCAGUUCCUCAUUUGGUUGCAGAUAACUUGAAACUGUUGCCUAUUGAACUUGUUCAGAUAUCCCUGGAACAAUUUUUGGAACAAAAGGAACCCUCUUCUUUCAAGUUUCCUCAUGGCCUACACAAGUAUUUACACCUUGAAAACAUGCUUCUAUUUUGCGAUAUACGUGAUCCUCUCAAACUAUCCCCAGUAUCCUUCAACACAGACAAGUAUCUCUCGGUUGAAUCUCAUGGUGGUGUCCGCCAGGUGACACCUGCUCUUUGGACAGAAGCUCUCAAUGUAUAUAGACCAGAUCUUGUCGCUGCCAUGGCCGAUACGGUGACCGAUCUCGAGGCAAAGAACAAGCGAAUUAUCAGAUCUGUAGACAGAUCAUUGCGUUGGUUGGACGAAAAUCUGGCAAAAGCAAAGGAAUUGGAUAUCCCCCUUUUCGCUCAUGUACUUGGCCAUACCAGUACAGAAGAACGUGCCCGAUCAGCAAAAGAGACCGCUCAGCGUGAUGUGCAGGGAUUCGUUGUCAAUGUGCUUGGAUUGAGCCAUGACCAAAUACCAACCUUGAUUCGAGCAACCGUAGACAAUUUGCCACAAGAUAAGCCUAGAUUAGCUUAUGGAUUAGCAACCCCAGAAAAGAUCCUCGAAGGUAUCUCUAAUGGUAUCGAUCUCUUUGAUGGGUCUUAUGCCUAUAAGGCAACACAAAAGGGUCGUGCCAUCGUUUUCAAGUUUGGCAAGGAGCUGAAAGAGACAGAGGAAGCAGCAGCAGCCAAGACACUCAAUCUGUGGGAUCCUAACUUUGCUCAUGAUUUUGACCCUAUUGAUGCUUCUUGUGGCUGUAAUGCUUGCUCUAGACCUCAUACCAAAGCAUACAUUCACCACUUAUUAAAUGCACAUGAGAUGCUGGGCCCUCUUUUAUUGAUGAGCCACAACAUCUAUCAGUUGGAUCAAUUCAUGGCAGCCAUUCGUGAUAGCAUUGAAUCCAAUCGCUUUGAACAAGAUAAAGAGACAUUUAUGCAACACUUUAGCCACGCUAUUGAAUCUGAUGGGAUGAAAGGUCAUGUGGAUGAAGUGGAUAGUGAAUCAUUAGGCGUUCCCUUGAAGAAAAAGAGGACCAUACUUUAG